AUGGUCUACAUACUUUCUAGUAAUUCUACUGAUUCUGAUGUUAACCGUCAUCCACUUCCAUUUCAAAGAUCAAAUUAUACCCAUCUUCGAGAGUUGUUGGAGUACUUCUCCGUUUCCUUACAAAAUCCAACAAACUGGCAGCCACCGGCCCACCUGGAAUUUUCCGGUGUCCCGGCGGUCCAGUCCAAGCCUGUAUACAAGAUGUGGGUUCCAUAUUUCAGCCAUCACAGCAAAUUUUCUUUUUGUAAAUUUAGAAGAUCGGAAAAGCAGAAUAACCAAAUCAUCGAAAAAAUUGCGGCCAUUAAGAAAUAUACAGCGAGUGUUAAGUUGUGCAAAUCUCAACAAAAGUUCUAG